GCAGAUAGUGCGGAGAAGGGACGCUUUGGGACUGGCAACACGGGCACACACACCUUACCAUGGUCAGCUCACUGGCCCCUAGCCAUGGCAAGUUAGUGGCUGGCAGUGCUCCGUGGUAACACACACACACAAUACACACUCAUGUGCAACGUGGGCUUUUCCCUCAGAGUUGGCUUCCUGAGAGGCUUCUGCCGUGUGAACAGACAGUGAGAUAAGGAUGUCGAUGACCCUGGAUGAGUUCACCCGAUCUGUGGAUCCCAGAUGUCUGCCGAGGAUCCUGCAGAUCCAGUCAGGCAUCUAUGUCCAAGGAUCUGUUUAUGAGAUGUAUGGGAGAGAAUGUUGCCUUUCAAAUGGUGAUCUUAUCAAGGUCAUUGAGAUCAGGAUCACUAGGUUCAUUGCCAAGGGAUCCAAUGGCAUUACGGUUGACCUUCCCUUGGACUACCCAGGUCUUUUCAGGAUGGUGAAAGACAGACAGCCAUACUGUAGUAUUCAGGAGAUCGCAGAGUCACUCCGAAUCAGCUCUCACAGACUGAACCAGCCUGUGUUCUACACAGCUGGCGACCUGGACCACCCAGAUGGAACGAUCAAAAAGGGGACAAGUUUCCGAAUCACAGGCCUCAAGAUGGUCGAGGGCCAUGAGUGUGUCAACUGUGAGCUCGCGCAGAGCGAGCUUAAGCGCCGUUUUGCGCUCAAACUCUCUGUGAAAGGUGAAUUCUAUGAGUGUGACGACAGCCAAUUCUACACUCUGAAGGAACUGGCUGAGUGGAAGAUGUCCACUGGGCGGACAAGGACUGUGACCAAAGUGAAGUCGACGCACCUGAAAGAUGAUAUUUUACCAGACCCACUGGAGGACUACAAAGGCGAACUGACUCUCACUCCAGUACAUGAAAUACAGGCUAUAAUGAAAUUUCGAAAGGAUGUGGUCCUCAUCCCACCGAACUUGGAUGUGGACGUUGUGGAUGUAACAGAGCAACAUGACUCAGCAGUUUUCGUGCAGCCCUUGUCCCUGAAGGACGUAUUCAAAAAGCCCAUGGACACAUUCCCCGUGGUGGCCGAAGUCAUCGAGAAGCCGUGGCACGUUCCGGAGGAGCUAGCGUUCAUCUGCCGCUCCAAGCAGAUUGUGAUCCAACGCGCCUUCGAGGCCAAGCGAGUUCUGGCGUCGGAGACACGUCGAGGCGAACAGAGGCGCUUCCUGGUGCCCUCGUCCUACAAGGGCCGGUUCAAGCGGCGACCACGGGAGUUCCCCACUGCGUAUGACCUGGAGAGGGCACAGAGCAGCACCGAGCAGCUCCACGUGGUGGCCACCAGGGAUUUCGAGUCACACUACUUCCAGGGACAGUCCCCCGUGCAGGUCGGGGACCAGUUCCUGAUAAAGAAGAAAUCCACCAGCAGCACUGCCGAGGGCUCAGAGAAUGGCGAGGACAAGAUGGCCGACAUGCUGGCCUGCAUGAAGAUCGAGGGGAAGAGCCACAAAGACGUGCAGAUCCCUAUGUACCUGGAUGGUGGCUUUGUGGAGGUCAUACACGACAAGCGACAGUACACCAUUGGCGAUAUCUGCCACGGGUUCCCCCUGCCCUUCAAUGUCAAGGUGUCCGUGCGGGACCUCGCGGUGAAGGAGGACAUUUUAGCCGCGGCAUCGGGGCUGCAGGUGGAGGAAGAGAUCACUGAUCCCCACCUGCUGGUGUCCACUUUGGACCUGUCAGAGUGCUGGGAGGUGCCUGUGAACCGCACCAAAAUGACUGUCCAGCUGCAGCAGAAGUGGGAUGGCCCGGCCACGGGUGCCGAGCAGCCUGUCGGGCACGCCGUUGUGGAGGAGAUCGGUGAGGACUGCUACUACACUCUCCGCAGGUACACCGUGGCCAAUCUGCAGCCCCCACCACGACCGCCCAAGAUUAAGAUCAAGCAACACAUGGUGAAGCCGCCCAGACCGAACAAGCCAAUCCCUUCCAGCUCCCCAAAGAGUCCGCAUUGCAAUUUCCCCAAACCAGGGUCGAUGACAUCUGACACAUUUCCAAGGCUGAAGAGGAAUACCAUUGCAGUAAGCAGUGAGAGGAGGUCAUCCAUACCUCCAGUCUUUCAGCCCAUUACAGUUGCCACCGUGAAAAGUAAGGAUAUCCCUCAAGAGCCAGAAGUGGAUGACUUGGAUGAUGACUCCCAUGAAUAUGAAUACAUCGAUGAGGAUGAACUUGAGUUCAUUAGGAAAAAGGUCCAAGAAGAAGUUCUGCGCAGCACAGUGAAAGGAAAGCAAAACACCUUUUAACUAACUGUAGAAUUUGAGAUGGAGCAUGAAUGUACUAAACAGAUAAAAGUCUAUGCAAUAAUUUAUCAUAUUUUUCUGCAUAUAAUACAUGAAAUAAAUUGUAAUAUGAUAA